AUGGUGGUUGUUGGACGGUGGUUGUUGUUGGAUGGUGGUUGUUGUUGGAUGGUUGUUGUUGUUGGUUGGUUGUUGUUGGAUGGUUGUUGUUGGAUGGUGGUUGUUGGACGGUGGUUGUUGUUGGAUGGUGGUUGUUGUUGGAUGGUGGUUGUUGUUGGACGGUGGUUGUUGGACGGUGGUUGUUGUUGGAUGGUGGUUGUUGUUGGACGGUGGUUGUUGGACGGUGGUUGUUGUUGGAUGGUGGUUGUUGGACAGUGGUUGGUUUUGGACGAUGGUUGUUGUUGGACGGUGGUUGUUGUUGGACGGUGGUUGUUGUUGGACGGUGGUUGUUGUUGGACGGUGGUUGUUGUGGACGGUGGUUGUUGUUGGAUGGUGGUUGUUGGACGGUGGUUGUUGUUGGAUGGUUGUUGGAUGGUUGUUGUUGGAUGGUUGUUGUUGGACGGUGGUUGGUGUUGGACGAUGGUUGUUGUUGGACGGUGGUUGUUGUUGGACGGUGGUUGUUGUUGGAUGGUGGUUAUUGGACGGUGGUUGUUGUUGGAUGGUGGUUGUUUUUGGGCGGUGGUUGUUGUUGGACGAUGGUUGUUGUUGGACGAUGGUUGUUGUUGGACGAUGGUUGUUGUUGGACGGUGGUUGUUGUUGGACGUUGGUUGUUGUUGGAUGGUUGUUGUUGGAUGGUUGUUGUUGGACGGUGGUUGUUGUUGGAUGGUGGUUGUUGUUGGACGGUGGCUGGUGUUGGACGAUGGUUGUUGUUGGACGGUGGUUGUUGUUGGACGGUGGUUGUUGUUGGAUGGUUGUUGUUGGAUGGUUGUUGUUGGAUGGUUCUUGUUGGAUGGUGGUUGUUGGACGGUGGUUGUUGUUGGAUGGUGGUUGUUGUUGGAUGGUGGUUGUUGUUGGAUGGUGGUUGUUGUUGGACGGUGGUUGUUGGACGGUGGUUGUUGUUGGAUGGUGGUUGUUGGACGGUGGUUGUUGUUGGAUGGUUGUUGUUGGACGGUGGUUGUUGUUGGAUGGUUGUUGUUGGAUGGUGGUUGUUGUUGGAUGGUGGUUGUUGUUGGACGGUUGUUGUUGGACGGUGGUUGUUGUUGGACGGUGGUUGUUGUUGGACGGUGGUUGUUGUUGGAUGGUUGUUGUUGGAUGGUGGUUGUUGUUGGAUGGUGGUUGUUGUUGGAUGGUGGUUGUUGUUGGACGGUGGUUGUUGUUGGAUGGUGGUUGUUGUUGGAUGGUGGUUGUUGUUGGACGGUGGUUGUUGUUGGAUGGUGGUUGAUGUUGGACGGUGGUUGUUGUUGGACGGUGGUUGUUGUUGGACGGUGGUUGUUGUUGGACGGUGGUUGUUGUUGGACGGUGGUUGUUGUUGGACGGUGGUUGUUGUUGGACGGUGGUUGUUGUUGGAUGGUGGUUGUUGUUGGACGGUGGUUGUUGUUGGACAGUGGUUGUUGUUGGACGGUGGUUGUUGUUGGACGGUGGUUGUUGUUGGAUGGUGGUUGUUGGAUGGUGGUUGUUGGAUGGUUGUUGUUGGAUGGUGGUUGUUGGAUGGUUGUUGUUGGAUGGUUGUUGUUGGAUGGUGGUUGUUGGACGGUGGUUGUUGUUGGAUGGUGGUUGUUGUUGGAUGGUGGUUGUUGUAUGACGGUGGUAGUUGUUGGACGGUGGUUGUUGUUGGAUGGUGGUUGUUGGACGGUGGUUGUUGUUGGAUGGUUGUUGUUGGACGGUUGUUGGUGUUGGACGAUUGUUGUUGUUGGACGGUGGUUGUUGUUGGACGAUGGUUGUUGGAUGGUGGUUGUUGGAUGGUGGUUGUUGUUGGAUGGUUGUUGUUGGACGGUGGUUGUUGUUGGAUGGUGGUUGUUGGACGGUGGUUGUUGUUGGAUGGUUGUUGUUGGAUGGUUGUUGUUGGAUGGUGGUUGUUGUUGGAUGGUGGUUGUUGUUGGAUGA